AUGGAUAAUGAACUUGGAUAUUCUAUUUGUUCUAGUAAAUCUAGUAUACAUGUGACCCAAGAAGAUAUUGAUCAUUAUCAAUUGCAUGGAUAUGUAGUCCUUACUCGGGGACUCACACGUAGCCAGCUGAAUGCACUCCAUGAGGAAGCAGACAUUCUUACAAAUCAUCUCAUCACAGAACAAGUAGAUCUUGUACAUGAUCUUGGUUGCAUCAUUGAACCCUUGACAUGUGGAUACCUUGAUCCACCAUCGACAUUAGAUUACAAGAUCCAUUCAGCUGAAUAUAGAAAAAGACGAAAUGCCAUUCUUGAAACAAAUGACGAAACCUCGCCAGCAACUAUUGUACUCGAAACAAUCGCUCGCUUAGCUGCAGAAUUGAUAUGCCCUGAUAAUCCAAAGACAUUGAAUGAACAAUAUAUCAUCAAACCACCUCAAACAGCCUCUUAUUCUCAAUUUGCAUGGCACAGGGAUUCGGAUUAUCUUGAUCCUUCAUUACAAAAUGAGUCCAGUGUAGCUUGCUGGACUGCCUUGGAUCCAGUCAACUGUAAAAAUGGCUCUCUUUUGUUGGGUGAUAUAAAGGAUAAUGGUUCUGGAAAAGGAAAUGGAGUUUCCCUUGACUUACCUGCAGGGAGUAUUGUGUUUAUGUCCAAUCGAUUAUUACAUAAGAGUACAGGCAAUGCAAGUGCAUUAUUCCGUCGUGUAUUCAUGCCUCAGUACUCACUCAAGCCAUUUUACGACACAGAAAAAGCAGGAUAUGUAGGACUUGCUAUCAAAUGUAGCUUUUAG